AUGCCUCCACCCAAAAACAAACUAAGAAAACGUCCUUGCUUCAUAAAUUUACCUGGAUCAGAUUGUGACAACAUGGAUAUUGCUGGAUUGGCUAAAGAUCAAGGACAUUGGGCUGGUGCCUUGAGUCCUGGAAAGAAGAGAAGGAAACGUCCUUGUUCUUUUAACUUACCUGGAACGAGUUGCGAUAAUUCUGAAAUGAUUGGCACAGGUAAAGAUACUGGGCACUGGGCGAGUGAAAUUAGUCCGGGAAGGAAAAGAAGCAUUAAGAAAUUGAGAGAUUUACUACAUGAUUAAUACUUAACAAAGCUAUAUAGAGCCCAAGAACUUCUCUCCUCGUAUUUCUGGCUCAUCAAAUUAUCAUUAACCAUUUACAAAUUACAAAAUUCAAAUUAAUAUAUGAUAAUUAAUUAAAUGUUUUAAGUUAUUUCUUUCAAUAAUUAAUAA